AGAAGAAGAAGAGCGAGCAGCAGCAGCAGAAGAAGAAGCAGAGCGAGCACAAGCAGCAAAAGUAAAAGAGGAAGCAGCAACAACAACAACAACAACUGCGUCGUAAGAUUUACGAACGUUUUCGUCGCGUCGUCGUGUGUUCAACCCACCCUUCGCUCUCCGCUCUCCGCUCCCCUCCCCCCCCUUUCCUUCUCUCUCUACCUUGCACAUUGCAUACGCCCCAAACCCGAAAAAAGCGUGCGCGUGUGUUUGUGUGUGUGUGUGUGUGUGUGUGUGUUGUCGAUGCGUUCGCUGCGUCGACGCCGACUGCGACCGCGACGGCGACUGCGACUGCGGCUGUCGACGCUGCUGCUGCCGAUGUAAAAUUUUAUUACCCCAAACGCAUCGAGCAGUCGGUUUUUGGACGUCCGGACUUCACGCCGCCAAAAGAAUUUGCGGCGCAAGAGUUUAUUGCAAUUCUCGCGCUACGCAAAGACAACAACAAUAACAACAACAACUACGAAAAACGACGACAACAAAUAUCAUAAAACAAAAAAACAAAAACAAAAAAGAAACAACAACAGAAAACUUUACGCGGCAUCAAAAGUUAAAAACAAACUUUUGCCAAACUACGCGACGCGCGGCAAAACUAAAUAAAGUUCAACUGCAGCCGUCGUCGUCGCUUUCUCCCCGCCCCGCUCUCGUCCUCCUGCUGCUGCAUUGCCAAAAAAAAAUAACGAAGAAGAGAAGGCAAAAUAAAAGAAAAAAAAAAAAAAAGAAUUUAAAGCGUCGCAGCAGCAACAAACUUUGUUGUUGUGCUCGGCCUAAAAACAAAGUCAAAGUCGAAAUCGAACUCGAAGUCGAAGUUGAAGUUGAUUCGAAGUCGAACUCGAGGCAAAGUCCAAGUCGAUGUUGAGUGCGCGUGUUAAUUGAUAUUGCGUAUACGUCGCGAUCAAAUUCAAAAAAAAAUUGUUGUUUUUUUGACCAACACAAAACAAAAUAACUUUUUCCGGACCCCUCAACUAACAACAACAACAAAGUUUCGAAAGUGCGUGCAAAAUAUUCACAAAAUUUUUUUCACUAUUUUUGUUGUUUAGUUUUGUCACCAAAGUUUUUUGUGAGUGUGUGUGUUUGUGUGUGUGUGAGUGCAAGUGCAGCAUGUUGCCCAAGUUUACAGCAAACUUGCAACAGCAACAACAACAGCAGCAACCACAGCUUCAACAACAGCAGCAGCAGCAGCAUCAACAACAACAGCAACAAGCAAAUCAAAUGCAAUUCAACUAAAAAGUGCAGUGAAAAUUCUCAAUAAACAAAAAAAAAAGGACAAUCUAACAAAAUACCGAAUUAAAUCAAAUAUCUAAAAGUGCAAAAAACAAAACGUAAAACGCAAAAAUCUCGCAAUUCUCAAAUAGGCAUUUUUUUGUGUGACAUUGGCGACUGGCAACUGACUGGCAACAAACAAAAAAUGGCGCUGUCUAAGCGUCCGCUUAGCAAGGAGACGCCCUUGGUUGAUAGCAGCAGCAGCAACAACAGCAACAACAGCAACAGCAGCAACAACAACACUGAGCAUGAGACGGCGAUCAAGCGACGCAAACGCUGCAGUCGCGACGAUGAAUUCGCUGUCAGCAACAACAACAACAAUAACAACAAUAGUGUUAACAACAACAACAACAACAACAACAACAUGUUGCCACAGAAGAAGCGACAAUUGUGUAAAGCAACAAUCGGCGACAGUCCAGCAAAGACAACAGCAACCACAACGGUUGCUGGCGUGCAACAGCAACCACAACAGCAGCAACAACUACAAAUGGAUGCCGCCGAGCAGGACGAUGAGACGCUGAUACGUGAGACGCAGGCGGCGUUGAAAAGUUUAUCGGGCAGUUGGCCAGAUGCACGAACGAAUUUGUAUCGAUUGCAGGAUCAGGAAGAUGAAAAUCCGCCGCCGUUUCAGAAUCUGUUCGAGGAGAAGCAAAAGUACGAAUCAAACAACAACAACAACAUGAAUACGAACAUGAACAACAAUCACGAACACGAACACAACAACAACCACAAUAACAGCAACAACAAUGACUAUUUCGAUGAAAACAAUUCAACAACACACACAACACUUUUGCUACGUUUCCACAGGCAAAAGGAGAACGAUCAGGCGCGUCUCAAUGCAUAUCCACCUCCACCUCCUCCACCCCCCCACCAUCAUCAUCAUCACCAUCAUCUGCAUCCGUAUGCUCAGCAGCAGCAGCAGCAACCACUCCAACAGCAACAGCAACCACUCCAACAGCAACAGCAACCACUCAAAAAGGAUUCACUCGAUGUUGCUGCUGCUGUUUACGCUGCUCAAGCGACGUCCGCUUUCAAGCCGCCCAUCGACAUCAUCAAACGCAACGGACAAUUGGCUGCUCACGCUCAAGCUCAAGCUCAGGUUCAAGCUCAGGUUCAGGCUCAAGCUCAAGCUUAUGCUCAGUACACAUCGAGUGCUUACAAUGCUGCUGAAGCGUAUUAUGGCUAUGCGGCAGCAGCAGCUGCGAGCAACAACAGUAGCAACAACAACUUUGAGCUCGCCUCGCCCACAGAUAAAAAGGGCACGGCCACGCCCACCAAAGAGGAGCUGUUGCUCGAUGCCAAACAGUAUACGAUAUUGCAGCCAGCGGGCGUCGGGAGUCGAGCUGCCUCCGUCAUGCAGGACAUUGCUCGCGAGGGCGUUGUGGGCGUGCCCCUGGUGGCAACGCCGCCAAGCACAGCAGCAACAGCGACAGCAGCAGCAGCAACCACGACAGCCACAACAGCAGCAACCACCAGCACACCAACAGAUGCAGCAGCAACAGCAGCAACCACAACACCGACAGCAGCAACAGUUGCAGCCACGCCUACGCCGAGUUAUUCGCCGAGCAGUCAGCAUCGCGUGCUGGCGUUGCACGAACAGAUCCUGAAAUGCCCCACGCCCGGCUGCAACGGACGAGGCCACGUCCAGCCGCAUCGCAGUGUGCACCGCAGUUUGUCCGGCUGCCCGAGGGCGAUCAGACGCCACACGGCGAGUCGUCGGCAGUCGACACAGCAGCAGCACUCAGCGCGCCCUGGAGAACUGGAGAAGCAUGAAAAGGAGCUGCAUCCGCUGGACAAACUCAAGCUCACCUCAACUCACUAUCUAAACAACAACAACAAUAACAAUAACAACAGCAGCAGUUGUAUUAACAACAACAACAACAACAGCAACAUCAAGACGAUGCCCAUUAUUAAAUCGGAAUACAGUCCGGUGGCCAGCAUCAAAUCGGAGUAUAACAAAAGUCCCAUGCACUCGUAUUUGGCUAACGAUGCUGCCUCGGCGGCAGCAUCAGCGAUACCCAACAGCGCCAACAGUGCACGCGGCAGCAACAACAACAACACCAGCAACAACAACGGCAACAACAGCAAUGUUGCUGCCAGCAAUGGAGUUGCCAGCGAACCGCAUUUGAGUCGCUACGUUGGCCUCCACAGUCCACAGCCACAGCAUCCACAUGCCCACCACCAACAACAACAGCAACAGCAGCAACAACAGCAGCAACAGCAACAGCAGCAGCAACAUACGCUGCAUCAGCAACGCGGACCUUUCAUCGAAGGCAACGCCAGUCAAAUCGAUCCCACAGAUGCAGCCAGCUAUCACAGCGAACAUCAGCAACAACAGCAACAGCAGCAACAAGCAGAUGAACGACAGCAACAGUAUGAACAGAUGCGAUAUGCACAAAGUGUUGGCCAUGGCUUAGCAACCAGCGAUGCCUCAGCCGAACAGCAGCAGCAGCAGCAGCAACAGUUGCUGGCAAGCAAUGCCAGCAGCAGCGAAUUGUCGCCACGCAGCCACGCUUACGAUCCUCACACAACGCAUCCGCACUCGCAUCCACAUCCGCAUCCACAUCCACAUCCGCAUCCGCCCACUUCGAGUGUGGCGCCCGUGUUCGUUGGUCUUGGCAUCGGGGAUUCGGUCUCGACCGGCGGGAGUUCGACUGGCUUCGAGCGUUACGAUCCCAAUUGCGGACAGCAGCGACAGGCGAAUGCAACAGCAGCAGCAGCGGCUGCUGCCGCGGCGGCAGCAACAGCGGCGUCGGCCACGCCCACGAAUAUGUAUCACUAUUUGCCACAGAGUGCGGACGAUUUGCAGGUGCAGCAGCAAAAGUAUCUGCAGGAGCAACAGUUGCUGAUGGCCAAGGCCGAGCACGAGGAGGUCGCCAAUGGAGGAGGUGGUCCAAUUUAUCCCCGUCCCAUGUAUCACUAUGAUCCGACGAUGGGUCCAUUGCCGCCGGGCUUCUCCGCCAUCAAUUUGUCCGUCAAAAUGGCCGCUGCUCAGGCGGCAGCUGCAGCGGCUGCCUAUCAAAAUCAGCAGCAGCAACAACAGCAGCAGCAACAGCAGCAGCAGCAACAACAACAGCAGCAGCAGCAACAACAUCACCAGCAACAACAGCAGCAACAGCAACAUAGCAAACAGAGCAGUUCGCCUACGCCGAAUGUGGGCGUGGCAGCGCCAGCUGUCGACCUGUCGGGCGCCACAUCGGUGACGUCAUCGAGCCCACACGGUUUCAACUCGCCCGCAUCGCACAACCAAUACAACAACCAGCGAAUGGGCAAUGGAAGUCCACAACCUGGAGCCAGUCCCAACAUUGCCAGCCCCCAAGUGCCCAGUCCGCAGGGUCAAACGCUGGACUUGAGCGUCACCCGUUUGCCGCACAGCAUCAUCACGAGUCCACAGUACGGAGCCGACGGCCUUGUCGUGGGUCACGGCCAGGGCUUUGGCAGUGCUGCCCCCGGUUCAAUUGGACCAAACGGACCGCCGCGAUCACCGCAAAUGGAGCCAGUGGACUUCAGUGGACCCCCGCGUCCCCUUGGCUUCGGCCUAGUGGGUCACAUAAGCGGACCACGCCCCUACAGUCGCGAAUCGACGCCCGACAGCGGCGGAUCCCACUACAUCGAAACGUAUCGGGAUCCCAGUGGUUAUUCGCCUCAUCCCGGCUAUGGGAUGGUUGUGCAAUCAGAUUAUCCACCAGCCGGCUAUCAUGGCUACGGACCGGCGGCCUAUCAAUGCAGCAAUCCGUAUGCGACAGCCGUCGGACCCGGCGGCUAUCCGACUCCCGUCUCCGGCGGCUAUUCGCCCAGUCCGGCCACCUGCUACUCCAUGCCACCGCCACAGCACAUACCGCAGCACGACAAGACCAAAGAUGGUUUGACCGGUUGCUCGCGUUCGGAUCGCAAUCAUCUGCAAUCGCACUCGCAGGAGCUGAAGUGCCCGACACCCGGCUGCGAUGGCUCUGGCCAUGUGACUGGGAACUAUUCCUCACAUCGCAGCCUCUCCGGCUGUCCGCGAGCCAACAAACCGAAGAGCAAGCCUCGCGAUGGCCAGGACUCUGAGCCGUUGCGUUGCCCCAUCCCAGGCUGCGAUGGCUCCGGACAUUCCACCGGCAAAUUCCUCUCACACCGAAGUGCAUCUGGCUGUCCCAUUGCCAAUCGCAACAAGAUGCGCGUCCUCGAAGCCGGCGGCACAGUGGAACAACACAAGGCAGCGGUGGCAGCGGCAACAGCCAUGAAAUUCGAUGCUUGCACUACAGUGGGCAGUCAGGGCAUCAAGAAACCCAAGUUCGAUGAGGUGACCAUGGUUUAUCCCAAAGGCUAUACAGGUGGCGCUGGACUCGACAUUGUUAUGGGUGGCGUUGGCGUCGGCGUUCCGCUGCCGCCAGGCAUUAACAACAGCAGUGUUGGCGUUGGCGUCGGCGUCGGCGUUGGCAGCGUGCAAGGCGAUAAGACAACUGUGAGUGUGAGCGGCGGCAGCGAUGAUCUGAAUACGCUGGAAGCGGAAAUAUCGGAACUGCAGCGUGAGAAUGCACGCGUUGAAUCGCAAAUGAUGCGAUUAAAGUCGGACAUCAAUGCGAUGGAAUCGCAGCUGAGCACCAGCGAUCGGGAGGCUUCUCCACUGAGUGCCCAUCAGCAACAGCAGCAGCAACAACAACAACAGCAGCAACAACAACAGCAACGUGCAGCUUCGUUGGCCUCGCCCAGCGGCCAGUCACCCUUUGCCGGCGUCUCCUCCACCACCUCCUCGAAUGCCAAUGCCAAUCCCAAUCCAUCCAACAACAGCAACAACAACAACAACAAUAACGAGAACAACAACAACUCGGAUCUGGUGCAUGUGGCAAGUGCUGAUGCAGCUGCUGCAUCGACUGCGCCCAAUGCGAAUCUCAACAAUUAUUACGAGAGUCUGCGCAACAAUGUCAUCACGUUGCUGGAGCAUGUGCGUCUGCCACCGCCACCGCAGCCGCCACCGCCGAGCAUCACAGCAGCAGCAGCAACCACAGCAUCAUCGGCAUCCACCGACAAUGGCUGUGGAGGAGGGAUGGGAGUUGUCGGAGUUGUCUCGGCCACCGAUCAUCAUCAGCAUCAUCAUGCUGCCGCUGCGGCAGCUUAUUCGACGCUCUUGCCACCGCCACCGCCGCCACCACCGCAUUCCGUAUCGGUCUCGGUCUCAACGUCAGCUGUGUCAACCACGCCCAUGUAUGGAGGCGGAGGCGGUGGUCAGCAGGGAGCGGGAACGGGUCAACCACCAGCAACAACAACAACAGCGGCGCCACCGCCACCGCAUCAUGCGUAUACGGUGCAUCAUCCACAUGGCGGCUAUCCGCAUCCACAUGGCGCACAUCCGCAUCCACAUGCGCAUCCACAUACGCAUCCGCAUCCACAUCAUCCGCAUCCACAUCCGCAUCCGCAUCCCCACGAACACUUCGAUUCGUACAUCUCCAAACUGCAGUCGCUCUGCGUUCCGCCCGAUGUCUAUGCGCUGCCCGAGGAUGCGGGACGCACAGUCUACAACUCCGUGAAGCCGAGCAUGCAUCAGGAUUACGGCAAGCUGAUGCCCACGCCCAUUUAAAGCGGGUGCCUUCUAUGGUAUUUUAAGCAAAUUAUGGUAUUUUAUUCAUAUGUUGGUAUUUCUUUCAAAUUCAAUGAUUUUAUGCAAUCAAGAGUUGGUAUUUCUUUCAAAUGUGGGUAUUUUAUUCACGUUUUGGUAUUUUACACCAAUUUUGGUAUAUUAUUUCAAUGUUGGCAUUUUCUUCAAGUUGUGCUAUUUAAAUCAAAUGUUGGUAUUUUAUUCCAAUGGUGGUGUUUUAAUCAAAUUUUUCCAAAUUAUGGUAUUUAAUUCAAAUGUUGGUAUUUUUAGUAUACGAAGAAAAAGGCCAACAUUUUUCUUUCACACUCGCAACACAAAAUCAAAAUCAAUUGUUAAAUAUGUAGUACUUGGAAAACUUCUUCGCAACUUCUUCAAAAUUCCUUGAAUAUUUUCUACACUUUAUUUGAAAUAUAGAAAACUUCA